AGCACAAAAAUCCAUCAAUGAUUCCCAUGUGUUAUCACAAACUUCCCUUUUAUGUUUAUUCUACAUACCACUCUAAAAAAAACGAGUAAGCCAAAUCGAAUCAAUUUAUGACGCGUUGUAAUGUAAGUUAACUUAGUGCUGGUACAUCAAAGUGUAGCGGCCUAAAAAAUACUUGUGUCAGUUUCCAAAACAUUGGCAUGGUGACAGGAAGUUUUCGAUUGAGUUUAAACGCCCAUUUGAUUGGCUAAAUAAAAAACAUUUUAUCUCCACGCCCAGUGUUUUUUCUUCUUCCUUCUAUAAUAUACAAUGGCAGAAGACGGUGAAUGGCACACAGUAACAAACAACAAAGGCGCUGCUACAGUAGCCCCUCCUUCUCAACCUCAACCUUCCAGGGCUCGGCGCAAGUCCAGACACAGAAUAACUCCACCCAAGCAAGCCUCCUCGAAGCAACCCACAAAAGAGAAAUCAGUGCCUACUCACAAAGAGCAUAGCAAAGCAGUGCCUACUCACAAAGACCAAAGCAAAGCAGCCUCGUCUACAAAAUCAGUCAACCCUUUUCAUGCAGCUGAAGACGAUGAGUCCGAUGAGGAAGAAGAGGACGGUCAAGUCGAUCCCAUUGAUUUACCUGUUCCACCUUACCACACUAGCAUAAUUAUUUCUUGCCCACUCGAAGGCUGUGAAUCACCCAUUCCCUUCAUGGACACGACUUCACUUGUCAAGCAUUUGAAGGAAGAUCAUCACCUCAUGUUCAAAAAUCUUCACCACAUGUACAUGGCUCUUGAUUCUUAUUUAAAUCGUUGGGCCAAAGAGUUUGAAAAGAAGUCAAUUACUGAUUAUGCUCAACCUGAUAGUGAUGACAGUAAUGUUUACGUAAUUGAUCCCGAGAGCUGUGACUUGGAUAAGAAAAUCCGAGAAGAUAUGCAACGUGUUAAAUUGAACGAAGUCUUGAAAACCCAACAAAAUGAACGUGAAACAGACUCGAAAGCUUCCAGAAAAUGCCUAUUCUGUAAAAACAUUUGCGAAAAUAGAGCCAUCUUAUUUAGACACAUGUUUGCGGAACAUAACUUCAAUAUUGGCUUACCCGACAAUCUUGUUCAUGUCAAUGAAUUCCUGGAUACACUAGAAGCAAAGCUAUCAAACCUCCAAUGUCUGUAUUGCGAAAAAACAUUCACGAGCCCUGCUGUCUUGCGAAAACACAUGAGAAAGAAGAAGCAUUUCAAGAUCGCAUCUAAAAACAGACAGUAUGACCGUUUUUAUGUCAUCAAUUAUUUGGAACCGGGUAAAAAUUGGGAAAGCUUUGAAAAUGAUAAUUACGAGAGUGAUGACGAAAAGCGUGACGAAUCAUGGGCAGACUGGGAGGAGGAUGUGCAGGAAUCUACAAUGUGUUUGUUCGACACAAAUGUAUCCACUAGCCCAAAAGAAGCACUUGCUCACAUGAAAUCUGAGCAUGACUUUGACUUGCCUAAGAUCAGAAAAGAGAAAGAAUUGAACUUUUAUCAGAUCAUUGCAUUAAUCAACUAUAUUCGUCAUCAAUCAUCGCUCGGGAAAUGUUUUUCGUGUCACAAAAGCCUGGAAAGUGAAACUGAUUUAGAAAAUCAUUUCAAGGAGAGUGAUUGUAUCAAAAAUUUUGUUCCAAUGGACGCUCCAUUUUGGAAGGAUCCCAGGUUCUUAAUUCCUACAUAUGAGAAUGAUCCUCUUUUGACUGGAUUUGAAGAAGAUGGAGAAGAGAUAGAGGAUAUGGGAUUGUCAGACAAUGAAGCUAAUAAGAAGUAUCUCUAUCAAGCUAUGGAAAGUUUAUCUAUCUCAAAAUAAAAUCUAUUUAUUUU